ACCAACAUAUGGAAUUAAAGCCACCAUCGAUUAUUGGAACACACUUUGGGCAUCCCAUCCUACGCUCCUUUCAUACCCUUUCUGCCUUGACCAGAUCUUGUACAACUUUGGUCAUUUCCCCAUAUUUUUAUAUGCAAAGUAGAAGCACUCUGCAAUGUGAUCCAUCUUACAAGGAAUCUUACCUCUUCAUCACCCCGCCAGGUCCAUUCUCUCCUUUACUAUGCAGUAGCCAGCCCUUAAUAUAUUCGUCGACAAUUCUGGGAUCGAUUCCUUCUCCAUUCGGCCGGUUGCUUUUUACCGAACCCCAGAUUUUUAUAUUCUGAUUCUGAACCUGCAUAAACAUUCACAGGGGUUAAGUUGAUGGAAAGCUGUGAUAUUUGCAGACACCCCUAAGCAUAUCGUCUGAUAUGCCAAUCCAUGCCGCGAAUCGUCCUCUACCGGCCAUUGCAGGACGCCGCUCACGCCUCUUGUUGUACACCCAUAAGCGUGUUCACGUGGCACGUAAUCAAUAAUGCUUUCGUAAGGACAUAGUAUAAGCCAAAUCAACAAAAGCCUUAACAUUCGCACUCUAAGAGCCGAGCUGGGGUUGCACAUAAAAUGUUUUUCGAGCUCUGAUUUUCUAUGAAAACCCUUACCUUCAAAAACCCUUCGUCUUAUCUAACAUCAUCCAUGCCAAGACAAAUUUCAUGAGACCACACCUACAUGCCUUACAUCAACGCAAUGUCAAUCUCAUCUCAAGGAAAUUCUCCCAACUCUACCUCCGGAAGUGUUAGACAUUUCUCAAUGUCUCGGGACAAAUUCGACAUCGAUAUUGCCUCGCCUCAACUUUCUAUCGUAACCAAUAGCGAUUUGACAUCUCCAACCUCUCUGAAAUCACCAAAUGGCCGUCGUAUCGCGACUUUUUCCCGAGAAGGUAUUUUGGGGUCCGCGCAAAAAGCUAGGAAUUUAUCACAAUCUUCAGCAGAUAGAGAAUCCAUCACAAAUGCACUACAAAGCAGACAAAAUCAUAAUCAAAAUCAAAAUAGAAAUGGAAACGGAAACGGAAAUGGACAUGGAAAUGGAAAUCAGAACGGGAACAGUGAUGAUGGAAUCAAUCCGUUAAAAAGAAGGAGUACUGAUGCUGGCAUCGAUUACCCCAGACGAAGAGCUACUAUAGCUUGCGAGAUAUGUCGAUCUCGAAAAUCACGAUGUGAUGGCACCAAGCCUAAAUGCAAGCUUUGCACAGAAUUGGGUGCCGAAUGCAUUUAUCGUGAACCAGGAAUCAAACUCGAUGCCGGAGAUAAACUGAUAUUAGAGCAUCUUACUCGGAUUGAAGGAUUACUUCAAUCAACUUUAAUCGGCCAAACAUCCAAUCUUGCUCUUUCAACCGGAUCGCCGUCUAUCAAUGGAGGAACCACAACCAGUGGUGAGGACUUAUUAAUGGCAACCAAUGGUGGCUUUGUCAAUAUGAUACCUGCCACAGGUCUUGGCACGUGGGCUAUCCCCACCAAUAUCUCCACGAUGCCGAAAAUUCACACCAACGCCGCACUACACUUACUCCAAUGGCCUUUAAUUCGCGAUUUAGUAUCACGACCUUACGAUCCUCAGAUUCUUCUUCAGCUCGAAAUGGCCAGAGAGCCACUUGCUUUGUCCAAAGCGCCGUGCUUAGAUUUAUCAAACACCUCUGCAUAUAUCGAAGCAUUUUUUGCUAAAGUGAAUGUCUGGUAUGCAUGCGUCAAUCCUUUCAAUUGGACGAAUCACUACCGCGUCGCUCUAUCCAAUGGUUUUCGCGAAGGUCCGGAAAGUUGUAUUGUGCUUUUGGUAUUAGCAUUGGGCCAAGCCAGUUGCAGUGGGAGCAUAUCCAGAGCAGUAAGUUCUGAAGAUCCCCCCGGGCUUCCAUAUUUUGCAGCUGCUUGGGCACUUCUUCCAAGUUUGAUGACGAGAAACACGGUAUUAUCAGCUCAGUGCACGGUUCUUGCUUCUGCAUAUUUAUUUUAUCUUGUAAGGCCAUUGGAAGCAUGGACCUUAUUGAGCAGUACAAGUACAAAACUUCAACUCCUCUUGAGUGCGCCUGGAAGGAUACCAGCAAGCCAAAGAGAAUUAUGCGAGCGAGUGUAUUGGAAUUCUUUGUUAUUUGAAAGCGAUCUGUUAGCCGAGUUGGAUCUACCACAUUCUGGGAUAGUCCAAUAUGAAGAAGUAGUAGGACUCCCAGGAGGUUUUGAGCAAGAAGAUGAGGAUGGAGUGGGUCGCGAUGAGCUUUGGUAUUUUUUGGCCGAGAUUGCUCUACGACGUUUAUUGAACCGCGUCAGUCAACUGAUUUACUCGAAGGAUUCGAUGGCGUCGACAUCGAGCUUGGAGCCUGUUGUGGCCGAGCUUGAUUUUCAAUUAUCACAGUGGUAUGAAAGUCUACCUCUACCAUUACAGUUUUCGUAUACCCGAACCCCUCUUGCGGAUCCGGUCCAAACCGUAUUAAGACUGCGGUACUUUGCCUGCCGGACAAUCAUUUUCAGGCCCUAUAUUCUUGCAGUGUUGGAUAAUGAACAAGCGGCAAUGGAUCCAUCAGUUCGAGAAAACUGUCGGAAAUGCCUUGAAGCUUCCAUUAGACAACUAGAGCAUAUCAGCGCACACCAUGCAGGUCACAUGCCAUAUCUCUGGCAAGGUGCGCUCAGUAUUGUCUCGCAAACGCUUCUCGUAAUGGGUGCCACUAUGUCCCCCUCCCUUUCCGCGAUCAUCAACUCACUCGUCAUCCACGAUACAAUCGACGGUAUAAUCAAUGACGUCGUCAUGGAAAUAGAAAGAUAUGCCCACUUAGCACCCAGUCUAAGUCUCUCUGCCGAGAUAAUCAGAGAAGCCGAAAUUCGAAGACGCAGCUACCUUGGCGGUUGAAUGUAGAUCCUUCCAAAUCACACAUUAUUGUUAAAAUCGACACCACAAAAAAUGACGACAAUCAGCACAAUGACGAUGAUCCCCAACGCAUUACGAGUGGCAAGGGGCAAAAAAGGGCCGAAUCUUCAGUAGUCUCAGAAGUUAUCAUACAUACUAUUUUCGGGAAGAUGAAGACUGGGUAAAGCCACGAUAUAUAUGAAAUUGGGGCUGUGGUUUCAGUCCAAGAGACUGCAAGAUGAGGAGAUCGAAUUCUUUUUGGAGUUCCUCGAAUUCUCUACGUGGCAGCUAGGCUCCUCGGGCCUGAAUGCCUAAACAGCCAAUUUGAGUGGUUGAGAACCACCCCGCAUUUUCCAGGGUUAUGAUUUUGGACGUUAUGUUGGAUGGGUCCUACAUGUACACUGCCACAUGUUGUAUAUAGUUCUAGUUUUUGAAGUGGCUGGUAACUAGUGGUAGUCAUGCUGUACAAUGCUUGCUACUUCUUUUUAUUAUUAUUCUAUAUUGUAAUCCUUGUGUAUAUUAUGCAUUGCGUGGGAUCGUGGAAUUUUUUCAUUUCAGAAGUCACUUGACCAGGGCAUUAUAUUAGAAAAGCAUGAGAUAUUAAGAAAGAAUCAACUCAUAUUUGGAAUUUUAAUAAAAAGCG